AUUAUGCAGGGAUAUAACUAAAAGAAUAAUUUGAUCAUAGAAGAUUUCAAAAUGUCCCGCAACGUGUCUUCAUUCGCUCCAGACAAAGAUGAAUACAGGACACUAAAUAAUGAUUCUCAUCCUGGAGAAAAGCCAACUAAAUUUUCUGGCCAUGUUUGGGAUCAAGAAUAUUGGACACAAUGCGAAGUUGUUUUGUCUAUAUUAACAUUGUUUUCUAUAUAUGCGUUCAUAUGCAUCUUGAGAUACACAACUCUGAAAAAAUCAAGCCCAACAAGAGAUACAAGUGGAAAACAAGGUCGAAGGUUAUACAUUAUGCUUGUUCUUGCAUCCGGAUUCACAGUACUGCGAUUGGUCAGUGAUCACGUGGUUGCAUUCACGUCUUCAUUCGACGACUUGUACUGCUUCACAACGAUUGCUGCCAGCACAGUAAUGUACGCUCUCGCGUUGUCUUUUGUUUAUAUAUUUUUGUGGAUGAGGCAAAGUAUAUUUUAUGCAAAUCCUGUCUUGUCUAAAGUAUUAAACAAAUGGGUGACGUUUUUCAGCUGGUCAACAUUGGUUGUGAUGCUAGUGUGUGGUGCAAUUAUGCUCGUUCUUUACAAUUUACCAGCCGUGAACGGAUGGGUAUACCAAGUAACGGAGGAAGGCUGCAAGGGCAUUUUAGUCGAAGAUGACGAAAUUAUUGCGGCCGUGGCGACGGCACUCACCGUAUAUUUCCAGAUAUCACUCUUGGCACUGUUCCUCUAUCCUCUUCUCAGCCGUAAGACCCAAAAGUACCGUUCUGCUGGUUCGCAAAAUAAUGAUGCUACUAAAGGAAACGGAUCGGUGAGUAACACCGAUGACAACCUUACUGAUGGAGAUGCUUCAUCUUCUGUUCGUAGCGGAAAAUUUAAAGUUCCAGCAACAAAAAAGAAGAACAUGGAUAGUCUACCACUGAGUGAAAACGAAAGUGUAAUUGACGGACGGGUCGCUGAUAGUGGGAAUUUCUCCAAGUCUUCUUCACACGGUGAUGUAAGCGCUCCGGAGAGCACGCCGAAAGAAACAACAUCCAAAGAAUUGAGUAAAGUUGAAAUUGUUUCAGAAAAGGCGACAGAACGGACCAAAUUGUCGGAAAAGCAAAAAAGACCGAGUAUGAUGUUUACGCCGCGGUUUUUAAAAGGAAAUUUUUUCUACCGCAGAAAUCAGACUAGAAACGACACAGCCGUACCCCAAAGUCCGACGGCAAAACGAUCACGAGCGAAAACCUUGUCAACAGCUUCAACUGAAAACGAGAGCGAGAGAACUGCAAGCGUAGGAUCUCGAAGCAAAAGAGAGACCAAGAAAAGGCAUAGGCGGACAAAGCGAACACAACAAGGCCGGCGCAUGAUGGCGUAUCUGAGAAAGUCUUUCUACAUAAUGAUGAUUUGCGUCGUUACUGACAUCGCAUGCACUGUGGUACAAGCAAGAGUCGACGUUCCUGAAUUAGUCUAUCUAGUUAUUUAUGAUCUUAAUAUCAUCAUUAAUCUUGUCUCGAUUGUGAUGUCAUUUAGAGACUGGGAUUUGAUAUUGUUUCCAAUGUGCGCAAGAUCAUCAUCGAAAAGACACAGUAGCAGUGUAAUGGGUUCUACAAGGGCUAACGUUGAUCCUGCUGCUUCUAAACGAAGACUUGAAGCUUUACGAUCCGUGAAUUCAAAAACCUGUUCUUCACCUGCAUUGAAUUCUCCGAGAUUACCGCCAAAAUUGGACAAUUCGCUUUCUUAUGAUGCGACCGAACCGAAAUCGCAAGAUGUCGCUAGUGGGAAACAAAAUUACCUGGAUCUGAAUGGCAAAACAUGAAUAUUGUGUUCAUGUCAACACCUUUGCGCAAUUGCAGCGCAAACAAACACAAUAAGAGAAAACACAGGGCGGGAUGUCCUGUUCCUUGCAGUUCUCAUGCAUGUUAUUGUACUUGUGCUUUAAAAUGGAGCAAUCAUCACCAGUUUCUUCACGUGCCUUCCCAUGAACGUUUUCUAGCUUACUCCAAUUUGUCAACGAUUAUUUAAACAAUUCCUCUUUAGGGGUCAAAUUCUUUUAUAUUAAUUACUGUUUUGUCGUUGGGUAUGAAUCUUUUUAGUCGUCAUAAAACCACCGUAUAAUUCAAUGAGUACAAUAUAAUAAUUAAUUAAGUUAAAUUUAAACAAAUUACCUUUUAAUUAUCUCUGUAAUCAAUACUCGUUCGUAUUCUCCGAGAGUUCACCAGCAAAUUGUGCUACAGGUUGAAAAAUAUAUUAUCACGCAAUAAAUUAUACAACUACUCGGUGGUAAUUAUGGAAGAAAUUUCUUUUCCCAUAGCGAAAAAUAUUCCUGUUAUUGAUUCAGUGAAUAUGAUAUAAUUGCAUGCUGUUCAAAAAUUAAUCUAUUUCAAUACGUAGUAUUAUUUUUACAAUG